CAAUUAAACGUAUUUAACAGUGAAAAUAAGUAAUCGGCUAGUUUACGUAAAAUAUCAAAUUCCAUUAAAAGUUAAACGCAUGUCGAUAUGAACUACCAUUUAGUUAUAUUUUUAAUUAUUUUUUGUUAUAAUGGGAGUUGUGUUAAGGGCGCAGAAGUUACCGGCAAACAAUAUGCUAGCAUCCCGGAAGUUUUCUUCCAAGAUAACUUCGACAAUUGCAUGAUGCGCGAGGACGAGGCUUUUUACUGCGCUUUAACUUACGAAGUGGAACCUAUAGACAAGGAAACACCUUCUGAAACCUGGGAAAUCAUUAAGAAUUUAAGCAAAAAGGAUACGAACUACAGGCACGAGCGUAUAAGGCGUUGGAUCUGCGUGCCGAAAUUCUGUUCUGGAAUUAAUAAAACGCACAACGAGGACCCGAAACUUAGGGAGGGUCUGAAACGGUGCUACGACGCGAAGUUUCGGAAAUUCGGCUUGAACGGGACGAUCACCGAAGUGGAUUGCGUCACCAACGAGCCCAAAUACCCGUUUGAUUCGGUGGAUUAUUUCGCCGCAAUCCUGUUUUCAAGCUAUAUAAUAUUCGUCCUACUCGCGACCAUUUACGAGGGGUUCGCCCGUUACAAAACUCCAGAGGUGUAUCAAAGAUUGAUGGGAAGCAGAUGUGGAAAAUUCGUGGCGGCUUUUUCGAUUACCCGUAACUGGAUCAGACUUAAAACGGUCAAUAGUACCCCGGAGAUUGAGAGGUUGAGACAUAUACAAGGGAUCCGCGUGUAUAAUACGGCUUUGGUGAUCCUGUGCCACACCCUUUUAGGAUUCGUCGGGGCUCCUGUGGCCAACACAAGAUUCACCGAAACAAUGCACCUGAAGAAUGCCAGAGUGUUUUUCUCCAGCGGGCCACUUUGCGUCGCCACAUUUUUCUUAAUAUCCACGUUUCUUCUCAGCACCAGCAUCUUCGAUUAUAUGAAGGAAAAAACGCUGAAUAUUAAGACUAUUUUGUUUAUAUUCGUCAACAGGUUGUUCAGGUUAACCCCCACAGUUUUCGCGGUGGUACUCUUCCACGCGACCUUACUGCGCCAUCUAGGCAGCGGACCAAACUGGCACCAAUUCGUAACGGCAGAAUUCCUAAAAUGUCGCAAAAACGGCUGGUUAAACAUACUUUACAUUAACAACUGGGUGGACCCACAAAAUAUGUGCCUACCGGUAACGUGGUAUUUGGCUUUGGACACUCAGUACUUCUUGGCAACACUGUUCUUCUUAUGGUUUAUCAAAAGUUACGAAAAGUACGCGUGGUACAUCAUAGGGAGCGCCGUGGCUUGUAACGUUAUCGGAACGUUUAUUCAUAACUAUUAUUAUGAUUUUACCGCCUUGGUUUUGCCUACACCAGAAGCCUACUUUGGUAUUAAAGACCUCUUCACCAAUGUCCAGUUUCAUACGCAGAUGUGUAGUUUAAUUGGUAACACCGGAGCACCAUUGAUGGGCAUCGCUUUUGGGUAUUAUUACCAUAAGAACAAGCAUGUGCGUUACUAUACCACCAAAGCACGAAUAGCAGUUUGGUGGUUAAGUACCUUCGUAUUGGGAUUCGGCCUGGUCCUAAUUCCUGGAUUUAUUAUAUUAAAUGAUUCGGUGGAACACGACAGAUUUUGGGCUUCGGUUUACGUGGGUUUAUCCAGGGCCGUAUUCGGAUUUGUCAUUGGCACCGGUCUGAUCGGAUUCACCGAGGGGAUCGGAUGGUUGGCUCUGCGGGUGGUUCAGUGGGGUCCCACCUACGUACUGGGGCGUCUCAGUUUCAGCGCUUACUUGAUUCACAUGUCGAUUGUCUUAAUCAGACCGUCCUUGGCCAGGUUCCCUAUACAUCUGUCCGAUUUCCAAGUGGUGUUGGGAUUUUUUGGAGAUUUGGCAAUAGUGUACAUCGCUUCCACGCUGCUCACUCUGUGCCUCGAGAUGCCCAUUUCCGAGCUGCAAAAGCAACUGUUGAACCCGAAAGGGCUCAUGGACCAAUCAGCGAAGGCGGAUGAGAAAAAGGAGGAAAAAAAUGAUUAAUUUUGUAUUUCUUUUUAAAUAAAUAUAAAAAAUUACAUUUAGAAAA